UUUUUUUUUGUUCCUUCUUUUAGAGGCGGAGAGGUAAGAAAACACUGGUGUGUAUUCUAUUAUGAUUCGGCGUAGGCGGAAAUGCACCGGAUUCAUGCGAGCUCUUGUUACCUCUCGUUGCAUGUAAUCCUAUUCUCCGCCUCUGCUUCAUAAGACGCCUCUCCGCCUGCAUCAUCCCGUGCAAUUCCCGCCGACACCGAGCCUUGCAUGCGCAUCCGCCACGACGCCUACGCUCGCAAGUGGCCCGUCUCACACUUGGAUCGUCCGGAUGUCGCCGUUUUGACCCCUCAACGCCAGCAUGAAGCCUGGGCUACGGUCCUGAUCAAUUUAGGUGAGGAGCUAUCCCGUUCGUGUAACCGACGAAGAAGUGGGAAGAGGAGAGACAGAUUAAAUAGGGGGUGCCAGAGAGAGAGAGAACGGGAUGCGGUGUGUUUAAGUGGCUGUGGUGGCCGUUGCUCUGGCAUGCGACCGUUUGAGGGCGGGCCAAGUGACAGAGCCAUCCACUUGGAAAACAUGUAGAUCUCGUCUGUCCAUGUGUAUAUCUGCGUCAUCCUGACACAUAUCGAUCCGGUGUUGGCUGGAAUGUUGCUGAGACUAACGUUAUCAUCUCUAACAGAUCAUGACUGCCCCAAAGUCUAACGAUGAAGACGAUCCAGCGGAUCCUGAGACUCCCAGCCAAACCUCCCCUACGAAGACAAGCACUUCCGAUGCCGCCCCUGGCAAGACAUCUACUGGCAAGGACGCAACGCUCAGUAAAGAUGGAACCCCUACGGCAACGCCGGGCGCUGGUCGCCCCCGGUCCGCUACAACGAGACUACCCCCUACGCUCCUCGGAGACUUCUUGCUCGGCCGACCAUCGCCGGCCCGAGUCGCGGCAAGCAGAAAAGCAGCUCGGGAAGCGGCGCGAGAGCGGCGGAAGAGUUUGGAGAUGGUGAAGCAGGAGAUGCGCCAGGCUGCUGUGAUGCGCAUCCAGGCUCCCGGAGGUGUGCAUGACCGAGUUAAGAAAUGGCAGAAGACAAACGCGGCAGCCAUGGCCAAUGCCGAUCCCUUGGCAACUCCUACGGAGCCGAGCGAGGUGAACAUACAAGUAGACGAGGAGAGCGUCACCGAGGAGGAUCGGGUGAGGAUCAAGUCGCGCCAGAAGAAGAAAUCACCGCUGAAAGGAGCGGACACCCAACCUAGCACUGACGGAGGCGGGGCCGGGAAGGAGAACAAGAUAGAUCCUAAACUGACAACCGCGCCUAAGAAGCGGGUGGUUAGUGAUACCAACUGGAUGAAGGAGAAGAAGAAGAACGCGCCGCCGGCAAACCACCCACCGAAAGCGAAGCCGAACGAGGGCGCCGGAAACCCCUUACCGAAAGACUUCUUGGCCCGUACCGCAGCUAACCCCUCUGUCGCCAAAAAGGUUAGGGACUGGGCGAGCAAAGUGGAAAUCCCCGAUCAACACCCAAAGAGGCACCGUCCGGCCACGAGAUCGGUAGGAAGCAGUGACGGACUUCGCAUGAAAUCUGCCCCAUCGGAAAGCGACGUCGCGAGUGCAAGGUCGGCCUCUGCCAGACUUACCACCGUCCUCAGCAGCUCCCUAGACUCUAAGGAAACGAGCAAUGAUGGCAUUCGCGUCCGGCCUAUCCAGGGGAAAGACGAUGUUAAAAGCGAAGGACCAACAUCGCCUGGCCUCGUCGUCGAGCCCCUUAAGCUACGAAAGUCAAAUACGUACGAGGACGACGGCAUUCGCGUCAUUCCCACGCGGAGCGAAAAUAGUACAGCAAGUGGCAGAUCACACUCUAUUCGAGUUGCGGAAGCUUCCGGAGCACGAAAACCGCGGGGGGGCAAGGGCAGCAAUGCGAAGGCUGAAUCAGCGCAGAAGCAGACCUAUCGGGAGGAAAGCGUCUUGACGGAGUCGCAAACAGCCUCUUCUCUGACCGAUUUAACUACGGAAUCCUCCGACCUGUCUUCAAGGCGAACCUCCAAGCUCCUUAACACCAGUGGGACAGGCACUCGGAGCGACCGUUCACCAUCAGACCGCACAGAGACGGCAGGGGAAGAAACCGGGUCCGACAGAACACAAACGCCGCCGCAUCAUAGCAGCAGACAACCUUCCAAGCAGCCGCACAAUCAUACCCCAAAGGCCACCGGAGAGCCUUCUGCGAGAAGUCAGGCGAACACUGGCACCACAGCAACGGAGGAGGUAUCUGGCAGCGACUCUUGGUCGAGCGACUCGGUGUCAGAGAUGCCGUUCAGUGUACUGCCGAAAUCGUUAGCAGACAUACCAGUCGGGUACUCGGCGUUCAGCGAGCUCGAUCUGCAAACGGGUUCAAGAAGGCCAAGCACCAGACCAAAAUCCAAGAGGCAGACUAGCUUCAAGGGUGCUACUAACGCCCUGAAGAAAGCGCUGACGGAGGGAAAAAAGAUUCUCACCGAAAAGGUCGAUCACCCAAAGCCUGUCCCUAACCAGCCACCCAAUAUCGAAACAUGGUUAAAAGACACCGUUGACCCUUUUAUCAAUUCGCCAGACACCCCCGAAACUUCGGAGAACAAAAGAUCUGUCGGUGGAGAGCGAGUAGACGAAAGCAAGACCCAGCGCUCUACUCCUCCGAGACAUAGACAUGUUGACCCUUCAUCCCCCCUAAGCGCUGACAAGCGCGAAGACAAUGUCCGGAGCAAAGAAAUUAGUAAAACAGACCCAGACCAGUUGCACAGGACCAAGUCGACGACACCAACUUCACCCGGGCUGAAGAGAAGCCGAGCAACUAGGCUUUCGUCGUCUGCUUCAAAGAACAGCAUCAGGGAAGGCCUCAAGGAGAAGCUUAAGGAUGCGUUCCGUGGGGAGUCGGCCGGCCACGGCCCUCCACGAUUCGAGUAUCCGAGCUGCCCCGAGGUAGUAGACCUCGAUGAUGAGCGCGAGAGUGAAUAUCGCGAACGGCGUCGAUCCUCCGGCACAAGAAAUAGUCAAUCACUCGAAGACCAGGACCACGAUGAUGAUGACAAUUGCUCGUCACAUUCUUCUGACACUGAGAAGUUGACGCCGUCACCUCUCCACCCCAAACGAAAGCCGCCGACUAAUGGCUUUCAUGAAUUGUCAACAAUCGUAUCUGAGCUCGAAUCAUAUGGUACGAUCGAAUCAGAUCUAUCAUCCGUCUUAUCGCAUACAACCAUAACAGAGGCUCCGACUCUGUCGAGAAGCCGGGCAGUGUCUCGCAGGGGAAGCCAAAAACCUAGCCUCAAGAGGCGGCAUACAAAGCAUUCUGAUCUGGUGUCUGUCCUCUCAUUACCCAAGGAUGACUCGAUGCCGAGGAAACGAAGUAGUCGCCGCUCACAGAAUGCUAGGGGUUCACCCGACCGUCCCGGCGAUGCGGCUGUGGAUGGGCUCCUAAACGAAUUUUCAUACGACGAAGAUCUUUACCAGCGUGAAUUAAAGACUCUCGUCGACGGAGUCAUCCCAGUCCUCUUAACGCAGUUCGUGCACAAUACGAGUAGAGCUAGAAGGGACCUUUUUGGUUCCCCCCCAAACCGGUACAAGGAGGAUACACUGGACAACGCGGUGGUAAACAUGGGCAUUGCCCUCGAAACCCUGCGAAACAACCACAUUUGGUGCCCACUAUCCGACCUACAUAAACUGCCCCAAUGGCUCGAAGGGGUCCAUUCUAUUUACAACCAUUACCUUGAUGUGUGGCGUCUGGGUUUCCAGGGUAUUAUAGUCAACCUAGCUCCGAGAGCACCUGGCGAGGAGGAUUCCCUCAUAAAUGCCAUGCCCCGGAAUGAGCAGGGCGACAUCGUAGACGAAGACGGCGAACGCAUCGACGUUGCCCACUUGCUGAAGCGUCCCCUAGUCCGAGUCAAACGGAUAAACAAAUUCAUCCAGGGCUACCGAUCGGCCACCAAUGCCAUGGAAUUUGAACCGCUUGCUUCCAAAUGGGCGACACUCCAGGAAAAGGCUCGACGACGACACAAGGAAGAAGUGGCAAGGGUCGUCGAUGACGAUGCGAAGAAUACCGAUACGUCCCGAACCCAUGACUUGAGAACGCUGGAAGCCCUGGAAAACGUCCGGAUCGACCGCCUCCGUCAGGUCUACGCGAAGGACACAUUUUCCCUCGACCUACGACAUUCAAACGGACAACGACUUGAAUGCCAUGUCGAACUCGUUUCCAGAGACAAUAUACUAUUCAAGUCCGAUCCGGGUGACCUCCUCAUCAGGGAAACAGGCAGUGGUGGCCGUUCGUGGCUCCUAUUUGCGCCCGUACUUGGAGGACGUUAUUCCGCUCGGAGGGGAGACGAUAAGAACGAGCUUGUCGUCAUGAUCCGCGGUCCCAAGGAAGAGUGGUUUGAGCUUUUGUUGCUCAAGACAGACAAUGAAGAUCAAGUCCUGGAUUGGCUGAACAUACUCGGCAGUGACCCGAUACCCCCUGCAUUCCCGGAGACGCUACCUCCCACAUCACGGUCAUCAGUUCCACCGUCCACGUCAGAAGCUGACGGAAUUCCGAUGGGCGAGAAGCGAUACCCGAAUACUACCAACCGUCAUACGUUCGCAGGAUCUGUUGACAAGCCAGAUCGCGAGAUUGGCCGCACCCAAUCUCGUGAGCGAGUUUCUAGCUUACCUAACGCGCCGAAUUCGCCCCAUCAUGCCGAAUCAUCCACCCAGUCAGACGAUAAGACAUUACCUCAGGACUCCUACCCCAAGUCCCGACGUCAGUCACGGGUUCCUACGGUCAACGAACCCAGCCCACGCUCGUUCAGUAUUCCCGAACCGCUCUCGAUCAAGAAGACGGCUCCGAAUAGCACACCUUACCGCGAUGACGGCGCUCCACCCCCGCCAGUUCAUCGAACCUUCAGCUCUAAAAAGGCACCUCUACUCGCACCCCCUGUCGAUCAGCAUCAGUCACGUCUGAAGCGGCGGACUUCUUCACCCCUCAAGCACGAAUAUCACCCCUCAGAUGUGUCUUCCGAGGACUCUAUGUCGUCAUCCGGAUCCGGAGAUGAAGACUUGGUCUCCGAGGAGUCGUCCGACGACGAGCUUGAGGCAGCUGACAUACCCGACACUACCCCAGCCAUUAGCAUCAAGCAUAACACAGAGCAGCACCCCAGCAGACCCUUCGUCUCGGAGAGUGCCGUCAGUCUGACUCCGUCUGCUUCCGCGUCCCAAGCUGGCUUGCCGAGGUUCGAGAGCGAGCAACCGGCAUAUUCCAUCAAGUCAAUUGCUUCUAUAUCCUACUGGGACAAUAAGCAUGGGCGAUGGAAGGACCUUUGGCCUGAGCUCUGUUCUAUCGUCACCACGCCGGGCCUCAUCGAGGCUUUUCCGUUAGCUCGGGCACAACCGUCGCCGAAGGGCACAUCACAGGAAGAAGAGCUACCACUGGUCGCGCUGGACCUCACUCCUCUAGUUAUGCUGCGCAACAGCACAGCCGUCGACUUGGAGAUCAAAUCGCCCGUCUUAAGCUACGCCAAACUUUACGAGAAGGUGGCCAAGUAUGAAUCGUCCGUCUUCCGCUUCCGAACGCAGUCGAUUCCCGAGUGCGGGUCACUCUACACGGCGGUUCACCGCGCGCGCAUGGACAACGCAAAGUAUAAGGCGCUCGAGGAGGAGGCGCGUGUCCGGUCGUUCGGCCAGUACCAGAGGCAAGAGGGCGAGGGCGAGGGCGAGGGCGAAGGCAGCAGCAAUCGACGAGGGUGGUUUGGCCGAAAGAACAGCUAUCGAGCUUCGACGCGCGCCCCGUCACAGUCCGCCGGCAGCAUUUCGCAAUCUUCGAGCAUGUCGGCGUCCUCAUUCCUCAGAAAGCUCAUAGGAAACGGCAACCAAUCCUUCAACAUCGGCAUGUCCUCGGUCGAUAGACAGUCGCGGUCCGGAGCCGGAGAAGCGUCGCUUUACACAUCUUCGUCCUCGUCGGCCACGCCACCCCGCUCGCCUUCGGUCAGCUUGGCGAACAGCGGGAACACCAGGGUGAGCCUCACAACGAACAACCUCAAGGUCCGCCUCCACCUCAUGAUCUCCCCAAGCCGGUGGGAGGAUUACGGCAACUGUCUGCUCGAGGUCACGAGGCCGGACGACGGUGCUCGACAGAGUUUGAGGAAGUGGCAGGGCAUGGAGAAACGGAUUGUCGUCACGACGAUCCCGAAAAAGAGCACAGUCAAGCCCCUGGUAAUCCUAGACAUCGUGCUGGGCAGCCGAUGCUUCAGUCGACUCGGAAGCCGAGGAGUCCUGCUCAACGUCUGGGAGGAAGUCAAGAACGAGAGUGGUGAGGCGGGAGUCGCGCCUCAGGGCGGAGCCAGCGGAGGAAACGUGAGCAAGUGGUGCUUUCAGUGCUCCUCACCGAUGGAGGCGAGCUGGAUCUUUGGGCUCGUCACGCAGGAGGUCGUAAUCAGUUGAUAGAUACCCC